AUGCAGAAAUUAAAAGAAUAAUGUUAAGAAGCCUUAUAGUUCUCUUCAGAUUUGUAAUAACAACUCAUCCAAAUGAAAAAGGAUCUUCUUGAGAAGACUUAACAAAUUGUCAAAUUGUAAACUUCAAUUUCAAUGAUUGAUUGCGAGGCUUCUGAUAUCCAAGACCUAUUUUGGAAUGUUCAAAAAUAAACAUUGCUUAUAAAGUAAACUGUUAGAGAAGCAGAACAAAAUCCAGACAACUAAUAAAUUAUUCAAAAGCAAUUUGAAGAGCUUCAAGAAAAAAUUAUAAAUCUUGAAGAGCUAGUUUUCAAUUACCUUUUCAAUAAUAAAAUGAACCUGAAGAAGAACAAUAAAAAAAAAAGUGUUUAGAAUAAAGAAAACAACGAAGAUAACUUCAAUCAAAAAGAACUUCAAAAUAAGAAGAAGAAAUAUGUCAGUACUAUAAAAAAAACUUAAAAUCCCUUUAAUAGUAAUUUCAUCAAUGAGGAAUCGGAUGAAGAUGAUAAAAAGCAAUAAAAGAAAUGUAGGAAGAGGUUAAGGAGUAGCAUUGCAGACUAAUCUAAUAACCUCAUAAAUGAUAUGUUUAAUUUUAAUUGA